GGCGGUUUUACGAACAUUAUUAUAUAUACUUUUAAUAAAUCUUUACAUUUCUUUCCUUGAUUCUUUUUUCGAAGUUUUAUGGCUUGUGCUGCUGAUAAGGUGAAAGAGUACCGCGAUGAAUUUACAGAUAAGACAGAAAAAUUGAUAAAGGAAGUUUUUCCUACUAAAGUUGUUCUCCUCAAUGAGUUUUUGAAAGACAAAUUCAACAUUGAAGAUCUAAAGAAAAUUGAUGGUGAUUUGAAUGUGCCAAUGGUACAUCCCCUGGUCUUGGCAAAUGAUUUUCAGCCUUCACCAAAGAAGAGAAAGAUUGAGGGAGAAGAACCUGUGAAUAAUAUUGUUGUGCAGAAUGGACCUCUCAAAGCAAUUCCUCCAAACAAGAUUCUUGUGGAACUUAUUGAAUCAUUGAAACCAGAAAUUCAAGAUUUGAUGGAGAGUUGUAAUUCAGUUAAAACUUGGAUUCAACUGCUAAUUCCACGGAUUGAAGAUGGAAACAAUUUUGGAGUUUCUAUUCAAGAAGACGUCCUCGGCGAGGUCACACGAAUUGAGGCCGAAGCAGCAUCAUUUUUGGACCAAAUCUCGAGGUAUUUUAUCACACGAGGGAAGGUUGUUUCUAAAGUCGUCAAAUAUCCUCAUAUUAUGGACUACAGAAGAACCGUGAUAGAAUUGGAUGAGAAGGAGUAUAUCAGCUUGAAGCUGUGUUGUUGCGAACUGAAAAACCAUUACCUGUGUCUUCAUGAUGCUAUUACCAAAAACUUGGACAAGAUCAAAAAGCCGCGGUCCUCUAAUACGGACUCCUUGUAUUAACGUACUACUACCUUCAUCCUGUACAAAUUCGCCGGUGUCCAGCAAGAUGUCGGAGGACAGAGUAGCCCUCAACGGUUAUGUUAAGAAGAUUCGGCAAGUUUUUGUAAAAAGAUGUUGAUAAGAGUGGAUUUCCAUCUGCAGAAAAGUUGAUACUGUUUGCAUGUUGAACCAGUGGUGGUCAAGUUAAACUCAUUUAUACAGCCAAAAUUUAAAACAAAAUAUUAAUUUUUUUGCAAGUAGAAAUCCACUCCAACCAUCUAGUAAUGCGAGUUUCUAAACUCAAUAUUAAUUUCACGUUUCAUUAAGUCACGUUGAACCUUUCAACAAAUAUUUUUUCAUAUCAGGACGGUAACGUAUAUGCGAUGUAUUGCGCGGCGUGAAGGGGUGGGGGGUGUUUAUUGGUAUUUGUUCUGCUCGACGGAUUUCUUUCGUCGACGAUUGUGCUUCCAAAAGAAAUUCGCCAGGAAGAACUGAAUAUGCGACCCCCCCCCCCC